CAAGGUGCGGCGGGCAGUUGGAUGGGAGAUCAUAGUGAUGUCAGGACAGGGAGGGCUUACCGCCAGAGAUAAGGCCAUCUAAUGGAGAUGCAAUGAAUCGGUAUUUAAGAGGUCUUUUUUAGUUAAGGCAGUUAGCUGGCAACACUCAGAGCAGUUGGCUGGUUUGUGGAAGGCCAUUUAGUUUGAAGGGGAAUAGAGAGAGACAGUCUGUGAGCUGGUAUUUCCUUCACUUUUUGGGCCUUUUUUACCUGAAUUGAGACAAUCCAGAUCCAAGCUCAGCUCAUUGGUGUGAACUUGAAGGUCGUGUGUGUCAUGACCCCACGGGAGCAGCUGAGGAAGAUGACAGCGCUGGGAGAGCAGGGGGCUUUGGAUGAGAAGCACUGGUACCGUCUGGUCAAUGGCAUGUCAGCUGGAGAGAUGAGGCAGAGGCAGGAGUUGAUAAUGAGGAACCAGAUGGCCAUGGCUCCACAGAUCCUUGCCCAGGGGCAACAGAGGUUACAGGGCGUUCCAGCGCAGUUUGAACCUCGCUUCAUGGAGAGGGAGAUGGUUCCCCCCUCUGAGAUGGUAUCCUCUGAGGCCAGACAGAUGCACAUGGGUCCUCACAUGGGUCCAUCUCUAGCCCCCCAUGCCAAUGUCAUGCCAGGAAGAGGUUUCCCUGGAGCAGCUGGAUAUGGCUUUUUGCCCUCGGAACCCAUGGAAACAGUUGCCCGGCGACAGGAGUUUAUCCACAAGCAGAAUAUAGCCAGAAUGGAGAUGAAUGCCAUCCUGCACCAGAAGGAACUGGAGAACGCCCACCAGAAGGGACUUUUGGGAAUUGAAAACCCCAUGGCGUACUCUUCCAACCACAUGGCGUUCAGAGGUCGUCAGCGGAUGCCAGACGGCCAUGAUGUUUUCGUCCACCGUCCCAGCCUGGAUGAACUGCACUCCAACAGCAUCCUCAUGUCGGCCAGCCCUUACCCACCCAUCGGCACGCUGCACAGAGAGCGGGGACGCAGGGUCGGUAGGAGGCCAACAUCUCACAAGAGCGCAGAGAACCACGUAUCCAACCUGAAGUGCCAGACUGAAGAUAAGAGAUUAGAGCAGAGCCCGGGGGCCACGUCAGGGGAGGAGAAAGAGGUGGAGGCAAAGGGGGAGAUGGGAGAGGAGUGUGCCACCAGCAAGUCGCACCAUCAAGCAAAAAUGGACUCUGAACUCGCCACAGGAAGCAGGAAGAACUACAAAGAGGGGGAGGCAGGGCUACGUAAAGCCUGUGUGAACAGUCAGGAUGGGUCCGAUGUGACCAACAGCGGGGGAAAUGAUAAAGACAUGAACAGCCAGUGUUCGGCUUUCCAGGAGAAGUUCAUGGAUCCCUCCGCCGGUGGUGUGCUUACUGGCAUGCCUUACAUGUUCCCAGUCCCUGGAAAUGGUUUCCUUCCACCUGGUCCACCCAAUCUCUUUCUUAAUGGGGAUGAAGUUUCCGAAGACAUAAGGAAGUGGACCGUGAAUGAUGUUUACAACUUUAUCAACAGCAUACCCACAUGCUCAGAAUAUGCUCAGACGUUUAAGGACCACAUGAUUGACGGGGAGACGCUGCCCCUCCUGUCAGAGGAGCAUCUACUGGACACACUGGGGCUCAAACUGGGACCAGCACUAAAGAUCCGCUCACAGGUGUCCAGGCGUGUGGGCAACAUGUUGUACAUGAUGAACCUGCCGCUCUCCUCCUCCGCCCUGCAGGCCACUCCAGAGAAGGCUGCAGACCGCUCCUCAGAGAUAGGCUCUCCUGUGAACUGCAACAGUGAGGAGAUGUUGGCGAGUCCAAGAGAGCCCGAAGUCCUCAAAUCCACAGAUCACCUUCACGAGACAGAAAACAAUUCCCCUCCAUCUGCAAGCAGCGAGACAGCCUGACCAGGACAGCACAUGUGGACAGAUUCAAACUUCACCAGUCCGCAUGACUCUCAUUGAGCUUGUACAGUGAUGGAUUUGUUUACAUUAACUGAAUUAAUUAUGCUUUUUUUUUACUAUUUGGUUAACAUGGCCAUUCAAUGCACAUUUCCCAUUAGGCCCAGGUGUCAACUUAAUAUUUGAAUUUUACAUAUAAAAGUGAAUAUAUUUUUAACACUGAAGAGAAACAGAUCUCUGAGUUAAGAGCUUAUUUCCUUUUUAAUAACAGGCCUCUAAAAGUCUGAUUUUAGCUUUCAACUUACUUAUUUUUUUUAAGCUGCUAUACAGUAAGUGUCAUUCAUCCAGUAGGCCGUUAUAAGGACCAUAGACAUAAUAUGGGAAUGGUUUUGUAACAGAAUAAUCAAAGUGAGAUGUUUGAAUGUUUGAUACCUUUUUGCUUUUGUUUGAUUGUGAAUAAAAUGUUUUUC